GAAGGGGCAGGAGGAGAGGAGGGCCACGGGGAAAGGGGAGGGUUGGAGGAAGGACGGAGAACUCAGGCCGAGAGCUUCAGAGAGGAGGCUGGUGCGCCUGUCUGCCUGCCCCGGAGCUCCCCACCCUCAGCCGAGCCUCCACACUGGGUUCUCAGCGAUGGCCCGGGGGCGGGGCAUGGCCCUCCCCGGUUCUCAGAGGUAGCGGGGAUCCUCACCCCCCUGGAGGUGUCAGCCCAGGCCCAGCCUCCCCAGAGACAGCAGCCGGAGCCUCAUCUCUCUCCUCAACCCUGCUUGGACCCGCCACAGACUGCUGGGACCAUUUGGGCUUUCAGGACCUUGGACCAGGCCCUGGCCCAGUAGGAUGCCCCCGUGUCCUCCCCAGCAGAGCAGGAACAGGGUGACACAGUUGCCCACUCCGGAGCUGGGUGAGAUGGAACUGACUUGGCAAGAGAUCAUGUCCAUCACUGAGCUGCAGGGCCUAAAUGCUCCAAGUGAGCCAUCGUUCGAGCCCCCAGCCCCAGUCCCGUACCCAGGGCCCCCGCCGCCUCCAAGUUACUGCCCCUGCUCAAUCCACCCGGAUGCUGGCUUCCCCCUUCCUCCACCACCUUAUGAGCUGCCAGCACCCACAUCUCAUGUCCCGGAACCCCCAUACUCCUAUGGCAACAUGACCGUACCAGCCUCCAAGCCACUGACCCUCUCAGGCCUGCUCAGUGACCCCCUCCCAGACCCCUUGGCCCUCCUGGACAUUGGGUUGUCUGCAGGGCCAUCCAAGCCCCAGGAAGACCCAGAAUCCGACUCAGGAUUAUCCCUCAACUACAGCGACGCUGAGUCUCUUGAGCUGGAGGGGACAGAGGCUGGUCGGCGUCGCAGCGAGUAUGUAGAAAUGUACCCAGUGGAGUACCCCUACUCACUCAUGCCCAACUCCUUGGCCCACCCCAACUAUGCCUUGCCACCUGCUGAGCCCUCCUUAGCCUUAGAGCCCUCCUCGGGCCCUGUGCGGGCCAAGCCCACUGCUCGGGGGGAGGCGGGGAGUCGGGAUGAGCGGCGGGCCCUGGCCAUGAAGAUCCCCUUUCCUACGGACAAGAUCGUCAACUUGCCGGUAGAUGACUUCAACGAGCUGUUGGCGAGGUACCCGCUGACGGAGAGCCAGCUGGCACUAGUCCGGGACAUCCGAAGGCGGGGCAAGAACAAGGUGGCUGCCCAGAACUGUCGCAAGAGAAAGCUGGAGACCAUCGUGCAGCUGGAGCGGGAACUGGAGCGGCUAGGCAGUGAGCGGGAGCGGCUUCUGCGGGCCCGAGGGGAGGCCGACCGGACCCUGGAGGUCAUGCGCCAACAGCUGACGGAGCUGUACCGUGACAUUUUCCAGCACCUGCGGGAUGAAGCAGGCAACAGCUACUCCCCUGAAGAAUAUGUGCUGCAACAGGCUGCUGAUGGGGCCAUCUUCCUGGUGCCUCGGGGGACCAAGAUGGAGGCCACAGACUGAGCUGGCCGGAGGGGUGGGACUGGUGAUGGAGGCUUCCUUCAUGCUCGUCUGAGAAAGGUUCUCUGCAACUCUGAGGCCCAGAAGGAGCUGAGUUCUGCAGACCAGGAGGGGGCAACCAUGGGCAACCUGGCAUUUGGAAGGUCCAAGGUGUGUUCAGUGAGGCUUGCCUGGAGGCGAGGAAGGGAGGGGAGGGCUGGAAUCUCUCUUCCGUGAUGCAGUUUCCUAGGUCUCCAAUCUCUUGUUUGAGCUUCGGUAUAUAAAGCGCUCUCCAGAAA